AUGGUGGAGAAAUUUGUUGGUUAUGACUUUCAGACUUACUUCCAGACACAUGGCAUUAUUCAUGAGACAACUUGCCCCCAGACACCACAACAAAAUGGUGUUGUCAAACGGAAGAAUCGUCAUCUCCUUGAAAUAGCCCGUGCUCUUCUCAUUGGUGGCCAUGUUCCUUGUCAUCACUCGGAUGAUGUUGUCGUCAUUGCUAUCUACCUUAUCAAUCGCAUGCCUUCUGGGGUCUUGAAUUUCAAAUUCUCCAUUACAAAUGCUCACACAACACUAUCCUUUGCCCUCUGUUUUGGUGCUUACCCAUCGUAUUUUUGGUUGUAUGGCCUUCAUUCAUCUUCACAAAAAUAA